CCAUUGACUUUUGUUCCAGCUUUACAGUUCACAUGCAACUUUCUGCUGAGCGCGUUUUUUUUUGUUAUAAAAAUCUAAAAUACAAGAAUUAGAUUUAGCGAACUGGCUCCUAGUGUUUAACCAAGUACACCUUUAGUUAGCAUUACGGUUACUUUCCCGUGGCGAAGGAAUAAUUGCAAAACCAUUAGCUCUCGACAAAAGUUGUGCGAAGCAAAAAGAGAAGUUCGCGAGAAGAAGACGCCUGUGAGCGUGACGAAGAGAGCCGAGCGAGAGAGUGAAGAAUAUCGAAUCGAACGGAACAGGGCCUCGAAAGAGAACGUGAAGGAAACGGAUCGAAAAAUCGCAGACUUUGACAACCGAAGAAAAACCCACAUUCAAGACACAAAAUUCCGGUUGCCUGAGGGGCAAAUGUCAAAUUGCGGCGCAUAAAUUACAUUAAUUUAAAGCUCCCCGCACAAGGCUCAUCCAAAUUUUCACACAUAGGCAGCAGUUGUCGCAACAGAAAAAAGGAUUCAGCACACGAUGUUCGCUGGAGCAUAUGCACCCAACGCUGGGGGCGUUCAGCAGCACACUGGCGGCGGUUACUAUGGCAAUGGUGCCGCAGCAGGCGCUGGCGGUAGCGGCAACGGGGCCCCACGCCACGAGCGUCAAUACUAUCCGCGCGGCAAUUUCGGCGGUGCCGCCGGGGGAGCUGGCAUCAAUGGAGCAGCCACUGCGGCUGGAAGCAUGCACUUUGGUCAGCCCUAUGGCGUGAUGACCUAUGGCAUCCAGAAUGGUCUGGGAAUGGGAGCCGCCGGUUCUGGUGGCGGCAAUCCGUAUCGCCAGCAAAACGGUGUUGCAUUCGCCGGUAAUGGACUUGGAGGAGGCGCCGGUGGCGGAUCCGGAGGAUCUGGCGGAUAUGGAGGACAGCGUGGCAAAAAUCCAACCUACGCACAGCGUUAUCAGAAGCCGAACAACGGCGCCGGAGUUGCUGGUGGCUACCAAAGCAAUAACUACAAUGCUGCCGCCUUAGGCAUGCUUUCCAAAGAGGAGCGCGCCGAGAUCCAACGUGAAAAGGCCAAAAAUCCCGGCCGAAAUUUAGUGAAACCCAAGUGGGAGAACCUCGAGCCCUUCCUCAAAGAUUUCUACAACAUUCAUCCGAAUACACUGGCCAAAUCAGAGCAGCAGGUGGCCGAGAUCCGGCGCGAACUGGAAAUCACCGUGUCUGGCAAUGAACUACCACACCCGGUGGUCAGUUUCGAGGAGAGCUCGCUGCCCGCUCACGUCAUUGAAGAGAUGAAGCGCCAGGGAUUCACCAAGCCCACUGCUAUCCAAUCGCAGGGUUGGCCCAUUGCCUUAAGUGGCCGCGAUUUGGUGGGCAUUGCCCAGACCGGUUCAGGCAAGACGCUGGCAUACAUGCUGCCUGCCAUCGUGCACAUUGGCAAUCAGCCGCCAAUAAUUCGCGGCGAAGGACCCAUUGCUCUAGUGUUGGCCCCCACCCGGGAGCUGGCCCAGCAGAUCCAAUCUGUCGUGCGAGACUAUGGACAUCUGUGCAAGCCAGAGAUUCGUCACACUUGCAUCUUUGGCGGCUCAUCGAAGGUGCCGCAGGCACGCGAUCUUGACCGCGGCGUCGAGGUGAUCAUCGCCACACCAGGACGUCUGAUUGAUUUCCUUGAGAAUCGCAACACUAACUUGCAGAGAUGCACUUAUCUGGUGCUGGACGAAGCCGACCGCAUGCUGGACAUGGGUUUCGAGCCGCAGAUCCGUAAGAUCAUUGAACAGAUUCGUCCCGACCGUCAGGUGGUCAUGUGGUCCGCAACCUGGCCAAAGGAGGUGCAGGCCCUAGCCGGAGACUUUUUAAACGAUUAUAUCCAAAUCAACAUUGGUUCGAUGAACCUAUCGGCUAACCACAACAUUCGCCAGAUUGUCGAGAUCUGUACAGAAAUAGAGAAGCCGCAGCGCUUAGUAUGCUUGCUCAAUGAGAUUUCUCCCAUCAAGAAUUCGGGAAACAAUGGGAACAAAAUUAUCGUCUUUGUGGAGACCAAGAUCAAGGUGGAGGACAUCUUGCAGAUCAUUCGAGCCGAGGGUUACAACGCCACCUCAAUUCACGGCGACAAGACCCAGAAUGAGCGUGAUUCAGUGCUAAAGGAUUUCCGUAACGGCAAGUCCAACAUUCUGAUUGCCACCGAUGUGGCUUCGCGCGGCCUCGAUGUCGAGGAUCUGCAGUACGUAAUUAACUAUGAUUACCCGAACUCCUCGGAGAACUACGUGCACCGUAUCGGGCGCACUGGUCGCUGCCAGCAGCUGGGAACUGCCUACACAUUUUUCACGCCUGACAAUGCCAAGCAGGCCCGUGAACUGAUCUCUGUGCUCGAGGAGGCUGGCCAGACGCCGUCGCAGGCUCUUUUGGAUCUUGCUCGUUCGAUGCCCAGCUCGGGCGGCUAUCGCGGCAACAAGCGCUGGAACAACAACAGCGGCGGGGAUCGCAACACUGGCGGUAACAACGGCAUCUAUCAGCAGCGCAACAACAAUCCGCUGAAUUACCAGGCCGGUAACAACUAUAACAACAAUCGCAGCGGCCCCCCAACUGGCAGUAGCUACCAGCAGUAUGCCGCUGGCGGCAAUACCUAUCUGCAGAAUGGUGCUGGUGGUGGCGUUAAUUGGAAUCGCAUGAACCAGAUGGGACAGGAUGGAGGAGCCGGACAACAGCAGCGAAACGGCAACACCUAUCGCCCGAGGGCUCCGUUCAACAAUGGCGGACCACGCGCCAUUAUGGGCCAUCAGGGUGGCGGCGUCGGAGCUGGUGGAGCAGCCGGCGUAGGCGGUGGCCCACAGCAGCUCAUGGCACCCCAGCAGGGCGGACAGUAUAUGCCACAAGCAUACCGCGGACGUAGCCAGUUUGUGCCGCAGGGAGCUGGUGCCGGUGGCAUGCCGCCACGAUUCCAGCAGUAUCCCAAGCGGGAGUACCAGCAACAAGGAGUAACCCACUACGGUCAGCAGGCUUUGCAGCAUCAGCAACAACAGCAGCAGGCUGGCCAACAGACCAAGCCGCCCAAGGACGAAAGCAACAAGUAUGUUCCGUCGGCUGCGGUGACCAGCUCGCUGGUCCAAUACACGCCAGCCAAUUCGCCAACGAUUGCGGCCGUAGCUGCUGCCGCUGCAGCAGCCGCCGGACGAGCUGCAGCUGCAGCUGUGGCUCCGGCUCCCGGUGCCGCCUAUAUGUACGAUGCGGCCGGUGUUCUCACUACCGCCGCUGCGCCGGGCACCAAUCCAUAUGCCAACCAGUUCAGCAUGCCGGCCACCUACUAUGCCGCCCAACAUCACCAGUUCGCCCAAGCCGUGGCAGGACCCGGACCAGCACCCGGCCAGGCCAUCGAGUAGGCGGGACAACAAUACGCUAACGCGCUCAUGGGACGAAAUGGAAGUGGAUCGUGGAAAGCUACAACAACAAAAACAACAAGAACAGCAGCAGCAGCUUUAAUAAAAUCAACCACAUUGCAAGCAACAACAACUCAAACAACUAUAACAACACCAACGACAUGGACAAAUGAAUCAACAGUUAUCCACAUAACACAUAUAAAAUCCAAAUGCAUAUGAUGAUAAAUGAACGAAUGGAUAUAAUUUUGCCAACAUAACAGAGCAUAGCAGCUCUUUAACUUUUGACCAAAAUCGUUGCCUUUUUGUUUCUAUAUUUAUUCACACCUCACUACUAAUAUUAGUAGAACAUUUGUGUUCUCUUUCGCUUAUUUAAGCAUUCGCAAUUUUUUGUUUGCGAUAUUGACAACUAACCUUAAAUUCGUUAAUGUUCUCUGGACAAACUGCCGUUAACCAUCAAUAACAAGGGCCAACGCACGAACAUCGCCUUCGAAACCCUUUUAUGUUUUCCAAACACAAGGUAAACCGAAUCAAAACUCAAGAAAAUCCAAAAAGGGAACGAUUUUUGUAGUUUUUAAGCUCUUUCACACACAAAUCACACACACACACACCCCGACAGUUGCAUGUUCUUCGAAUGUUUAAAAAGAAUUGGGUAGAUUAUGUUACCAAUGUUAUGUUAUAUUUUUUCUUAGUAUAGCCAUUUGGUAUAUGUUAUACUAAGAAAAAAAAAAUGAUCCAGGGACAGACACUGUUAAUUAAUUGAUUUUCGAAAAUUCAUGUGUAUCAAUCUUUACACAAAGCUAAGAACACAAGCACGCAACCAAAAAACACGAAAAUAUUGUAUUCGAAAAUUGUCAAAAACAAUGAAAGGCAUUGAAAGAAAAACCCUUUUCGCUAACUUGGUUGGUAUGAAAGGACGGUUUGCUUAUAAUAACACAUAUUUAAAUACAUUUUUAAUUAUUUAAAUAUAUAUAUAUAUAUAUAUUUAGAUAUAUAUAUUUAUAUAUAUUUUUUUUUCCGAGAAAAUUUUGCAGCAAACAAUUACAACAAAGGGAAAACUAACAAAAUUCUACACAAAUUCCUUUUAAGAAAACGCAGCUAACGGUUGAGAUAUUUGUAUAAUGUACAACACACAUGUUUUGGCCGAAUCCAAAAUAAGAGAAAAGGGAAAUGGGCAGCGCUGCUUUGGUAGGAAGUAUGUUAAAUUAAAACUAACAAAACUAAAACAAGUUACAAUCGGUAAUAAUAAAACGAUUAUAAAGCAAUGGGAGAACACGUACACAGCCACAUAGAACCCCCACAAGCACACGCACGCACACACACAUUGACACUCAACACACACACACAACGAACAUCACAAUGACAAGCAAAUUUACAGUUAUCAUUUAAUUUCCCAUUUUGAUACAUAUACGUGUGUAUUCUAUAUAUGCUAUAUAUAUAUUUACAUCUAUAUGUAGAUUCGAGCUUGAUUUUCAAUGGAGAUUAAAACAAAAACUCAUUUUGUUGAAGAUUUAUAGAAUUCGAUAAUAAUCCCCUAACACAAAAAUUCGCAUAAAUUAACGAGGUUUUUUCAAAAGUUCUAUGCAAAUACUUGAAAAAAAUUCAAUUACAAUUUUCAAUUAUUCAAAGACCAAAGAACAGAAGCAGAUGAAAAUAAGAAGAAAGAAAGCGAAGAAAAAAGAAAAGACGCCACAUUCAUCCAUAAAAACAAUUAAAGCGAACACGAAACAAGAGGAAAAGAAGGAGGAACACAAAACAAGGUUAGAAGAUCAAAUAAUGCCAAGCAAUGCCACACGAAAAUAAUGAUAAUAAUAAUACAGCAAACAUAAUGCAUACUUCUGACUAUUCCAAAAGCUCUUUUUUUAUUUCCCCAUAUCUUAUUAAUUGAUUUGAAAAUCAUUUUGAUUUGCAUUAUUAAUUUCUCUCUCUUCCGAAUACUUUUGGCCAGAGUUCAGGACGAGUAAAUUAGUAGUAGUAACAUUAAUUGGCAGCUCCAGUCAUAUAGUUAGCAGUAAUAUAUCCAUAUAUCGUCUGUUCAAGCAGUUGUCCAUGUUGUUGCAAGCAGUGCGUUAUCCUCGCCACGGGAAAGCAGUACAAAAAUCCGAAGAAUUUUGGGAAAACGUAACGGACACAAGGGAAUAUUCUACAGUGGAAUUGUAUGAGAACAAGAACACAAGGAAAAUAUAUGAAAAGUCAUGUAGAUUAUAUUAGAAAUAUAUUUGUUAGCCGAUCGGGGGGUGUGAAAGAAACAUUUUUGUUAAUUUUUUUUGUAUAAGUUCUCUACGUAUACGGUUUCUUUUUAGCAAAUAAAUAAAAAUCGGGGAAAACAAACGGAAAUAUUUAUAUAUGUAGGGUAUAUCGUCAACACAAGGAUCUCUUUUUAAAGCAAACGAACGGAAGACUCGAAUUCUUCUAUAUAGACCUAUAAUUCAUAGAGAAGCUCGCUUUUAUUUCAUUUCAUAUUGGUAGAUUUCUCAUACAUUUUGAAAAUCAUUGGAGACGGGAUUCGAAAACUACAACUAAAAAAUGUUUUUUUUUUUAUCUACUCAAGGGGUAUACACAAAGUUACCAGUGAAUUAACGUAUUUAUUUUUAUAAUUGCAUACUUCGUAAUUAUGAUUUUGAUGCAACCGAAUUGUGAUGAUGUGAUAGACUUAUAUAAACAAACGAAAAUACAAAAAUACUAAUUAAUAACCAAUUUAAAUGAAGUAAUCGCAGUGCCCCCAAAAAGGCCAGGCCAAAAACACUGAAACUGAAGCAGAGGCAGCUGAAACUGAAGCUGAAUCUGAAUCGAAAUCAGUAUCUGAAUCAGAAGAGGAAUAUGAAUAUAUGUUAUGUAUUUGUAUUAUUGUCGUUGUCGUUGUCGCUCAUAGACAAUGUCUGAUGGCUAAAAUAUAAUGUAUUAUGGAUGACUUGAGGCAUACAUUCUUUUUUUGAAGAAAUAAAACUAUAGAACGCGAUAUUUGUAUUGUAUUUAUCUAUAAGUUGUUGUGUACACACUGCGAAAAACAAACAAACCAAACAACAAACUAAAAAAAAAAAAGCAAAAAAACAACAUUGAAACACACAAAAUCAAAUGAAAACAAAAAGGAAAAAACGAGAAAAAAAAGAGCAAAAGAAGUUGAAACUGAUAAAAUUUAAGAGUAACUGAAACCGAAAGCCCCCAAAAACUGAGGGAGGAAAGCGGAGAAUUUGUUGUUCCCUUCGCACUUUUGAGGCAAGUCCUUCGUUUAAGUCCUUAUCGAUCGCUCUAUCUCAGUCUUCAUCCCUAUCUCUCUCAGCCCCCCGUCCCGCCCCCAUAUACGAUAUAUUUCUCGCUCGCAGUCUCUUCUUAAAACGAUAGAUUUAAAACGAUAGAAAUUCGCAUAUACAUAUAUUUUUGAAAGUAUAGAAUUGCAACUUUUGAAAAAAUGCAACCAAAAAUAAAGACGAAAGACUAAAGCCAAAAACAAAAUGAAUUCAAUUGUUUGAAGCAAGAACAAGAGAAUAACGGAGAAAGUGAAACGAAGUGCCGUUAUUUCGAUAGUUUGUAUAGUUGUUUAAUACUUAUUUUCUGUUUCGUUUACUUAGAGAACUAAAAAUCGUUUACACACACACACAGAUACGCGUUUAUGAUGUAGUUUACGUUUUUGCGUUUGUUUUACUUUGUAAUUUGUUUUGUCUUAAGCUUUAUCAUUGGUUAACCAAAAUAUGUAUGUAUAUACAUGUAUCAAUGUCGAUAAAGUCGAUAAAGUGAAUGCAUUUACCGUUACAGUGCGAUACGCACAAGUGCCAAAAAUGCAGCAAAAACACCCGCACACACCCACGCACUCGGACACACACAAACAAACACACACACUCACACGACAAACAAUUAAACAAAGACACAUCUGUACACGCCAACACCCACCCACACAGACACACAAGUUUCUUAUAGAUGAUACAAACACAAGCGAACACAUUACAUGUACAUGUGUACAUGCACGCAAGACCUGCAAAACAAGCAUACUUUUAAGCGCCAAAGUUAGGAGCGGCUUUUGAGGGUUCUGAAAACAAAAUAUGGAAACCAUUAAACACUAGAAUCGUGGGGCAAAUAACAUUUAGCUGCUGCAUGUAAGCUAAAGUUGCCACCGGCAAACGGAACUAACUUUAAAAUAAUAAAAAUAAUGCAAGUUGAAACCAAAACCCAUUGUGAUAACAGCUGCGUAAACGAAACACGUUAGAACCUUACUUGUACGUAUUUCGAUUGGAAUUCGAUGAAACGGGGAUCCCCCACUAAGUCCUAAAUAAUAUAAAUUCAAUCAAAAGCAAGCAAGCCAACAAUUUAUCCAAACUAGUUUUUAAAUGAAUACAAAACUCAUCCAGCCGCACAUACACACGUAUUUUUUACUGAUUUGAAAAGAAGGGAGAACUUUUCUUGAUUUUCAUUUGUUGUGUUGACCAAUGCUAAUUUUUAGCGAAAAAAUUGAGAAGAAAAAAUACACAUACCAGGAAACACAAAUGCAAAUUCUUAGCCAUUUCGAAGGAGCGUGCAUUUAGAACAUUGCAUCGACUAAUAUUUACACUUGCAUAUAUUGAAAGCAUUUGAAUAAAUUCUAAAUAUUACUAUAGAUCACUAACACAAAAAAAAAAUGCAUACAAUGUUGAUGCAAAUCAAUAAAAAACGAGAAGCCAAGCAAACGCGUUUGAAUCAAUGUUUGCAGCUUAAGCUAAGUUAGCACACACAAUAUUAUAUUAAUUAUAACGAAACGAUAUAGGUAUGCAGUAUAAUGCAUAUAUUUAUAAUGCACCGCCUCCCCUUUCUCCCCGCGCAAACACACAAGAAAAUUGCGAUGGAGAGGGGGCGAAAACUAAAUUGUAAUCGAUUUACCUAUCUUAUACUAGGCUAUACAAACCGAACCCAUUAAACAUAACCAAAAUCCAAAAGGUUAAACACGAAAACGUAAGGAAAACGCAUAAAUAUGAAAAAUGUAACGGAAAUCUUUACAAGAAGCGAAAUAGGUGUCUUCUAUAUAAUAAAUAAACGCCAACAG